UUAAUUAUUAACUAAGAUUCGUGCAUCUAUUAUUUUCAAUUUAAUUAACCUUUAAAUAUCUUAUCCUUAGCAUUAAGAGACUGCAGAUUAUCACUCGCAUCGAGCAGGGAUUUGUGCUUCAUGACACAUGCAAUGAGACACCUAAACAUUAUUCGCAGUUCGCCAUCUUUACAUCCAUUCCCUUCAAUUUAUCACUCACAUCAUUUAAUCACUAACAGUUUCUCAAUAUUUCUAAAUCCACAAACAACUUUAGCUCUUAACAAGAGAUUUUCAAAAAAAUCUUCCACAUUUCAAAUUUGUGAUACGUUUAAACAGCGGCAAUGGACCAGAUUAAACAACGGUAUCCUUAGUGCAAGGCAGAAGGCUUCUUUUUCUGUAAAAGCAGAGGCAGAAAAUGUAGGCGCAAAAUCCCCCGAGGUAAGCGUGGACGUUGACAGUUCGGCUUCAAUUGUUGAUGGGCUAAUUGAUUUCUUGAACGAGUCUUGGACACAAUUUCAUGCCACAGCUGAAGCAAGGCGAUUGCUACUUGAAGCUGGUUUUAAACAAUUGAAGGAACAAGAUGAAUGGGAUGUACAACCUGGUGGCCGUUACUUUUUUACCCGUAACAUGUCUUGCUUGGUAGCUUUUGCUGUUGGAGAGAAGUAUGUUGCAGGUAGAGGAUUCCAUGCGAUUGCAGCACACACAGACAGUCCUUGUCCAAAGCUAAAGCCAGUGUCAGCUGCAUCCAAGUCUGGGUUUUUGACUGUGAAUGUACAGCCAUACGGAGCUGGUUUGUGGCAUACUUGGUUUGAUAGGGACUUGAGUCUGGCUGGACGAGUUAUAUUAAGAACUGCAAAUGGAGAUCUUUCACACAGGCUUGUUAAAGUGAAACAGCCUGUUCUACGGAUUCCAACACUAGCCAUUCAUCUUAACAGGUUAGUGAACACUGAUGGUUUUAAACCAAAUUUACAAACUCAUUUUAUCCCAGUUCUUGCGUCACAAAUUAAAGAAGAUUUUUGUUCUGUGACUGAUGAGGAAAAUCCUCUUCCACCUUCCCCAAGAAACUCUCAUCAUUCUCUACUGUUACAGGUUUGUCCGUCUGUCUAUCUGUCUCUUUUUUUGAAUUUUCCCGCUCUAGUCAAUGCAAGGAAGUCGUUUUUUCAGCAUGCAAAAAGUAAGCAACGAGGAACAAAUGGAAGAAGAAAGGUUUUGGCAGAAGAGCUUGGAUGCAAUGCUGACGAAAUAGCCGAUUUUGAAUUAAAUGUCUGCGACACUCAACCUAGCUGCUUAGGGGGUGCACGAAAUGAAUUUAUAUUUUCGGGAAGAUUGGACAAUCUUGCUUCCUGCUUUUGUGCCUUGAGAGCUCUUUUGGAUACAUGUUGUUCCCCUGAAGAUCUGUCCAAUGAGCCCUGCAUAAGGAUGGUUGCACUAUUUGAUACUGAAGAGGUAGGAUCAAAUUCAGCAUAUGGAGCAGGUGCACCAACUAUGUUUCAGGCUAUGAAAAGGAUCACUAAAUGUUUGACACAUGGUUCUACAGGAGAGGGUGUAGUUGAACGUGCAAUCCAACAGUCUUUUCUUGUGUCUGCAGACAUGGCACAUGGUGUGCAUCCAAAUUAUUCUGACAAACAUGAGGAUCAUCACAAACCAAAAUUGCAGAAAGGUGUUGUGAUCAAGCAUAAUGCCAAUCAACGCUAUGCAACGAAUGUUGUGACGUCAUUUCUUUUCAAAGAAGUAGCAAAUGCCCAUAAUCUUCCUUGUCAGGACUUUGUUGUGAGGAAUGACAUGGGUUGUGGCUCUACAAUUGGUCCAAUACUGGCGUCUGGAAUUGGCAUUCGCACUGUGGAUUGUGGCAUUCCUCAACUUUCCAUGCAUAGGUGUACAGGUUCAUCAGGAAAAGAUAAGAGCCAUUCUGGAUUGGCCACCACCACGAAAUCUUACAGAUUUGUCAAAGGCUUUUCACAACUUGGGGCACCAUUGACACAUCUUACCAAAAAGGGGGCAUUCCGAUGGAUUGAGGAAGCACAACAAGUUUUUGAGAAACUUAAAGAGCGUGCGGGAAAUGUGUGGCAAAGAAGAUAUUGAUAUUACAUACAAGCAUUUCAAGGCAUUCUAUAAAACCUUUUCUGAUAUAGAUGAUAGGUUGUCUGUUGAUUGUUGAUGACUUCCAUGAAUAUCAUGUUCAUUCACAUCUGUUCACUCAGAAUUCUAUCAUGAGUAGAUAUCUUUUUUCUCGUUACAGUCGGGUAAGUCAUUCCUUUGUGAUUAGAUUGGACUUUUGUUGGUCUUGAUAGUGGUGGAAAAUGCUAAUAAGAGGAACAUCCAAUCAAUAAAAUAACUUGAGUGUUGUCACUUUCAGCUUAUGAUGCUUGAUACACCGAGACAUAUGAUUUCUUCCAUUUGGGGAUCAUCAUUUGGUGCUUUAGUAUAUACCAAUGAAAAACUUUGUUCAAGGAUUCUAGUGAAAAUUUAGUUAUGAUUGCAACCUGGAAUGUUUUUGGAAAAAAUAAUUUAAAUUAAUUUUGAAAUCCAAUAUUUAAUUUUUUGUGUUCC